AUGGCAUCCAAAAGAAAAUUCUCAGAUGCACCGGAGGACCUUGCAGCAGGUUCUGUCUCUCCGUCUGCACCCUCGAAGGUUGCGAAAUCCGAUGAGACCAAGUCCGCAUCAACAGCCGCAGCUGCAGCGGCUGCCAUCGCGGCAAAAAUCGCGGCUCAGUUCAGUGGUGGUGGUGGAGGAGAAGGCGGUGGAGGGAAGGACCCGUUCGAUGCUGAGUUUACGCAUGAUAUCGAUAUCAACGAUGUGCGGAACCGAUACAUGUUGACGAAGGGAUCGACACAGUCCCAGAUUCACGAGGAGACGGGUGCAUCCGUUAGCACGAAGGGUGUCUGGUACCCCGACCGUACAAAAGCUAACGAGAAGGACCCCCCGCUCUACCUUCACAUCGCAGCCACAACCCAGGAGAUUCUCCAAAAGGCAAUUGAUAAGGUCAAUGACCUUCUCAAUAUCGACAUGGGCUCCCUGGUGGAGGACAAGAAGGACGUCAGGCGAGAACGGAGAAAAUGGCCGGAAGAGAAGAUUCCUGUGGGCUUGGAGAGUAUUCGGAACUUCAACGUUAGGGCGAAGGUUGUCGGGCCCACGGGUAUGUUUGUGAAAUACAUCCAGCAGGAAACGGGAACGCGUGUUCAAAUCAAAGGUAUCGGCUCUGGCUUCGUCGAUCAGGAGACAGGUCGUGAAUCCGACGAGCCAAUGCACAUACAUAUCACGGGGCCAGACGAAGGUCAAGUUGCCCGUGCCAAAGUACUAACCGAAGACCUACUGGAAGUCGUCCACGCCGAACACGCAAAAGUUAAAGCACAAGUCUACCAGCAACAGAUGGAGCUCCACCAAGCACAGGCCCAGUACGCCGCUUACAGCGCUUAUGCCGGAUAUGUGCCGCCACCACCUUCGGCGCCCGCACCUCCACCCCCUCCAGGCGAGCAGCCACCUCCGCCUCCGCCAGAUGCCAGCUCUGCUGCUAUCCUUGCUUCAUCGAUGAGCCCUCCGUCAGCUGCGACGCCAGCAGCACCUCCAGCUGCCACGGACACCGAAGCGUUCAAAGCCUACUGGGCUGCGUUCGGCUACGAUGUCGAUUCUCAGCAGUUCAAAGAUUGGCAAGCAAGCCAACAACAGCAGUAUGCUCAGUACUAUGGCCAACAGCAAGUCACGUCUGGCUAUGGGACUCCGGGUGAUAGUGCGAGUCAGAGUCAAGGUCAGACGGGUGGGGCUCCGGCGCCGCCACCGAGCGAACCUGCGCCACCGCCUCCCCCGCCUGCGUGAGUACUUAGCGCUCGAGCACUCACAUGUGGCUUCGAUGCCAUGGCCUUCGUCUUUGACUUGGGUAUCGUUCGUGUUCACUUGUUGGUAGGUAGUUGACGAUGGAGGAUUGCUCGCUGCUGUAGAACGUGGGCGAAGGGAUGCACAUGUGGAGUGUAGAGAGCGUGAGGACGAGGGCGAGGACGAGGAUGAGAGGAGCGAAGAGGACGAUCUAGGAUCUAUUACGCUGGUCUUUUUCUGCUGUCUUCCCUUCCUUGAGUUUGUUGCUUUUACGUGCUAUGGAUACAUCUGUCUGUUAUGGACCUCC